UAAAGCGAAGGUGCAGUUGAUGGAGGAAACACUAAAAUCGAUGCAAGGUGUCCAAACCAAUAAACCGGUUGACAUCUCAUCUUUGUGCUUUUUCCCAAAAAUUCAGCUGCCCCAUAAGUUUAAAUUGCCGGAGUUUGAUAAGUACAAUGGCACUGGUUGUCCUUAUGCCCACUUGACAAUGUAUUGUAGGAAGAUGGCUCCUUAUGCCAAUGAUGAGAAGCUAAUGAUACAUUACUUUCAGGACAGUCUGACAAGUCCUGCAGAUGCUUGGUUCUCUACUUUAGACAAAAGUAAAGUCCAAAGUUGGCAUGAUUUGACUUACAAUUUUAUGAAGCAAUAUGAAUACAAUACAUCACUAGCUCCUAGUAGAGAAGAUCUUCAAAAGACAGACAAGAAACCAAGUGAAAGCUUUAAGGAAUUUGCACAGAGAUGGCGUGGAUUGGCUGCUCGAGUUCAACCUCCACUAUCUGACCAUGAAUUGAGUAAUUUAUUCAUCAAGUCAACCAAAGGGCCUUAUCGUGAGAAAUUAAUAACUUGUGUGAAUUACACUUUUGCUCAGUUGGUUGUUGUGGGAGAACAAGUGGAGGAUGGAAUCAAGUCUGGAAUUAUCAUGGAUUUUCAAGCAAUGAAGAGUAUCUUUGAGCAAUACCAAAACGGUAGUUCAGGGGCUUCUAGUUCAAGGAAAGUUGGUCAAAAUCGAAAGGAGGAGAAUGGGAAUGGCAUUAUAAGCUCAGUUUAUAAUCAGUCACAGGGGCAGUUCAACAAUCGGUUCCAAGCUCCAACUUAUCAAUCAACGACUUUCACAAGUCAAUCAAGGCCCAUUUAUGCCUCUGGGACAAGUCGUCCACAACAAGAGAAAAAGAGACGCUAUUUUGAUAAACUUCCAAUGUCAUAUACUGAAGUGUUUCGACAGUUGAUAGCAGCUAGGCUUGUUACCCCUGUACCUAUGGUGCCAUUAAAUCCACCAUUUCCAAUAUGGUAUAACCCACAAGCAAGAUGUGAAUACCAUAGUGGGGGUGUUGGGUAUGAUCUUGAAAAUUGUCUUGCUUUAAAGCACCGUGUCCAAGAUCUGAUAGAUGCAAAGGAGUUACAAAUUACAUCAGAUCCUGAGGUUGUUGGUCCAAAUAUCACUAAAAACCCUUUACCCACACAUGAUGGUCCAACGGUUAAUAUGAUCGAGAAAGAUUCUGAUAAAGGUUAUGAGGUGACUACGUCAACAAAUAAUGAUGGUUUGAGCACUUCUUUUGAGAAGUUGAGCAUAUGUGUCAUUGAUGAAGGAAGGGGUGAUGACAACAAGACAGUAAAGAUUCUUCCUGUUCCUGUCAUUAAAUCGUAAGAUGUGUCAUUCUUGUGGUUGAGCUUGUGACCAUGAGAAGAGAUGGUUAAAACAAGCCUUUUAUAUUUUAUGAAGCAUUGUAGGCAUGACAAAUAAUGUUCCAUUCAGUCCAUUUCAAUCAAUGAUGUUACUUUCA